AUGAAGCUUUUGAAGCUAGGGCUCGCCACGGUCGCUUCCUGCUUCGAUGUGGUUUAUGAUGAGGAAAAUGUCAACAACUUGGAUAAUGCGGAGAUCGCGGAGAUCCCUCAUCACUCCGAGAACGUUGAUCUUGGCUGGGCAGGCGCUCGUGAACCACGUGGUUGGGGCGAGUACUACGACUGGGUUAAUAUUCUUGAUGCUACCGAAGAGUUCGCGGAUGAUAAACCUAUCUUGCUCCUUAUUAUUCCAGAAGAUUGCGACGAUUGUGUCCAUUGCCGCUCAAUUAGAGAGGAAUUCAAGAAUGAUCAAGAGCUCUUGCGCAUAAGCAAGCAUUUUCAUGUUGUGAACUUCUUAGGUUACGAAGAGUCGCAAUCUCACUGGGAUCCUAAAAUUGCGAACGCUCAUUAUUUCCCGCGAUUUUACUUUUUGGAGCCCCAUGGAGACAUCAUCCCAUGGGCAGUGAAUACGAUGCGUAAAGAUGAUAAGGCUUUUUACUACAACCACUCGUCGGAAAUUCUUAAAACUGCAAAAGAGGUUUUUCAUGGAUACUACAAAUAUAAACACGAUGAAUUGUAA